CGCGUCGCGCCCCUUGCAGAAACCUGCCCGGCCGCUGUCUGCCAACUACGCACGCGCGGCGUGACGUCACGCGUGCCUCCAGGACUCUCCCGAGCUGGCGGGAGGGGCCUUGGCAGCUUCCGCCGCCGCGUAGCUUCAGGGAUCGGACGUCGGGUUCGUGCUGCCUCCGCCGCCGCAGGGCAGCCGGGGGUCGCCGAGCCGAGCUUAGGGCGCGCGGCGGAAUGGCCAUGGGGCUGCGACGGGUCCGGUGACAGCAGGGAACUGUGCGGCCCGGGCCCUGACCGCAUCUUCUCCGGGGGGCCUCGCCCUCCUGCUCGCGGGGCCGGGGCUCCUGCUGCCGUUGCUGGCUCUGCUGCUGGCGGCGGCGGCGGCGGCCACGAUCAUGUCGGGCCGCCGCUGCGCCGGCGGGGGCGCGGCCUGCGCGAGCGCGAUGGCCGAGGCCGUAGAGCCGGCCGCCCGCGAGCUGUUCGAGGCGUGCCGCAACGGGGACGUGGAGAGAGUCAAGAGGCUGGUGACGCCCGAGAAGGUGAACAGCCGCGACACGGCGGGCAGGAAAUCCACCCCGCUCCACUUCGCCGCAGGUUUUGGGCGGAAAGACGUGGUAGAAUAUUUGCUUCACAAUGGUGCAAAUGUCCAAGCACGUGAUGAUGGGGGGCUUAUUCCUCUUCAUAAUGCGUGUUCUUUUGGUCAUGCUGAAGUAGUCAAUCUCCUUUUGCAACAUGGUGCAGACCCAAAUGCUCGAGAUAAUUGGAAUUAUACUCCUCUCCAUGAAGCUGCAAUUAAAGGAAAAAUUGAUGUCUGCAUUGUGCUCUUACAGCAUGGAGCUGAGCCAACCAUCCGAAAUACAGAUGGAAGGACAGCAUUGGAUUUAGCAGACCCAUCUGCCAAAGCAGUGCUGACAGGUGAUUAUAAGAAAGAUGAACUCCUGGAAAGUGCCAGGAGUGGCAAUGAGGAAAAAAUGAUGGCUCUGCUCACACCAUUAAAUGUCAACUGCCAUGCAAGUGAUGGCAGAAAGUCAACUCCACUGCAUUUGGCAGCAGGAUACAACAGAGUAAAGAUUGUGCAGCUGUUACUGCAGCAUGGAGCUGAUGUCCAUGCUAAAGAUAAAGGUGACCUGGUGCCAUUACACAAUGCCUGUUCAUAUGGUCAUUAUGAAGUAACUGAACUUCUGGUCAAGCAUGGUGCCUGUGUAAAUGCAAUGGACUUGUGGCAGUUUACUCCUCUUCAUGAGGCAGCAUCUAAGAACAGAGUGGAAGUGUGUUCUCUUCUCCUGAGUUAUGGCGCAGACCCAACACUGCUGAAUUGUCACAAUAAAAGCGCUAUAGACUUGGCUCCUACACCACAAUUAAAAGAAAGAUUAUCAUAUGAAUUUAAAGGACACUCAUUGCUGCAAGCUGCACGGGAAGCUGAUGUUACACGAAUCAAAAAACAUCUGUCUCUGGAAAUGGUGAAUUUCAAACAUCCUCAAACACAUGAAACAGCACUGCAUUGUGCUGCUGCAUCUCCAUAUCCCAAAAGAAAGCAAAUAUGUGAACUGUUGCUAAGAAAAGGAGCAAACAUCAAUGAAAAGACUAAAGAAUUCUUGACUCCUCUACACGUGGCAUCUGAGAAAGCUCACAAUGAUGUUGUUGAAGUAGUGGUGAAACAUGAAGCAAAGGUUAAUGCUUUGGAUAAUCUUGGCCAGACAUCUCUGCACAGAGCUGCACAUUGUGGUCACCUGCAAACCUGCCGUCUACUACUGAGCUAUGGGUGUGAUCCUAACAUUAUCUCCCUUCAGGGCUUCACUGCCUUGCAGAUGGGAAAUGAAAAUGUGCAGCAGCUGCUUCAAGAGGGCAUCCCAUUAGGUAAUUCAGAGGCAGACAGACAAUUGCUGGAAGCUGCAAAGGCUGGAGAUGUAGAAACUGUAAAAAAGCUGUGUACUGUUCAGAGUGUCAACUGCAGAGACAUUGAGGGACGUCAGUCUACACCACUCCAUUUUGCAGCUGGGUACAACAGGGUGUCUGUGGUGGAAUACCUGCUGCAGCAUGGAGCCGAUGUGCAUGCCAAGGAUAAAGGAGGCCUUGUACCUUUGCACAAUGCGUGUUCUUAUGGACAUUACGAAGUUGCAGAGCUUCUUGUUAAGCAUGGAGCAGUAGUUAAUGUAGCUGACUUAUGGAAAUUUACACCUUUACAUGAAGCUGCAGCAAAAGGAAAAUAUGAAAUAUGCAAACUGCUGCUCCAGCAUGGUGCAGACCCUACAAAGAAAAAUAGAGAUGGGAAUACUCCUUUGGAUCUUGUUAAAGAUGGAGAUACUGAUAUCCAAGAUCUGCUAAGGGGGGAUGCAGCUUUGCUAGAUGCUGCCAAGAAAGGUUGUUUAGCUAGAGUGAAGAAGUUGUCUUCAUCCGAUAAUGUAAAUUGCCGUGAUACCCAAGGCCGACAUUCUACACCUUUACAUUUAGCAGCUGGUUAUAAUAAUUUAGAAGUUGCAGAGUAUUUGUUGCAACAUGGAGCUGACGUGAAUGCCCAGGACAAAGGAGGACUUAUUCCUUUACACAAUGCAGCAUCUUAUGGGCAUGUAGACGUAGCAGCUUUACUAAUAAAGUACAAUGCAUGUGUCAAUGCCACGGACAAGUGGGCUUUCACACCUUUGCAUGAAGCAGCCCAAAAGGGACGAACACAGCUUUGUGCUUUAUUGUUGGCCCACGGAGCUGAUCCUACUCUUAAAAAUCAGGAAGGACAAACACCUUUAGAUUUAGUUUCAGCAGAUGAUGUCAGCGCUCUCCUGACAGCAGCCAUGCCUCCUUCUGCUCUGCCUUCAUGCUAUAAACCUCAAGUGCUCAAUAGUGUGAGAAGCCCUGGAGCCACUGCAGAUGCUCUGUCUUCUGGUCCAUCUAGCCCAUCAAGCCUUUCUGCAGCGAGCAGUCUUGACAACCUAUCUGGGAGUUUUUCUGAACUGUCUUCAGUAGUUAGUUCAAGUGGAACAGAGGGUGCUUCCAGUUUGGAGAGAAAGGAGGUUCCAGGAGUAGAUUUUAGCAUAACUCAAUUCGUAAGAAAUCUUGGACUUGAGCAUCUCAUGGAGAUAUUUGAGAGAGAGCAGAUCACUUUGGAUGUAUUAGUUGAGAUGGGGCACAAGGAACUCAAAGAGAUUGGAAUCAAUGCUUAUGGACAUAGACACAAACUAAUUAAAGGAGUCGAAAGACUUAUCUCUGGACAGCAAGGUCUUAACCCAUAUUUAACUCUGAACACCUCUGGUAGUGGAACAGUUCUCAUAGACCUGUCUCCUGAUGAUAAGGAGUUUCAGUCUGUGGAGGAAGAGAUGCAAAGUACAGUCCGAGAGCACAGAGAUGGUGGUCAUGCUGGUGGCAUCUUCAAUAGAUACAAUAUUCUCAAGAUUCAGAAGGUUUGUAACAAGAAACUGUGGGAAAGGUAUACACACCGGAGAAAAGAGGUAUCUGAAGAAAACCACAAUCAUGCGAACGAACGGAUGCUCUUUCAUGGGUCUCCCUUUGUCAAUGCAAUUAUCCAUAAAGGCUUUGAUGAAAGGCAUGCAUACAUAGGUGGCAUGUUUGGAGCUGGGAUUUAUUUUGCUGAAAACUCUUCCAAAAGCAAUCAAUAUGUAUAUGGAAUUGGAGGAGGUACUGGAUGUCCAAUUCACAAAGACAGAUCUUGUUACAUUUGCCACAGGCAACUGCUCUUUUGCCGGGUAACCUUGGGAAAGUCUUUCCUGCAAUUCAGUGCAAUGAAAAUGGCACAUUCACCUCCAGGUCAUCACUCCGUCACAGGCCGGCCUAGUGUAAAUGGCCUAGCAUUAGCUGAAUAUGUUAUUUACAGAGGAGAACAGGCUUAUCCUGAAUAUUUAAUUACUUACCAGAUUGUGAGGCCUGAAGGUAUGAUUGAUGGAUAAAUAGUUGUUAUGGGAAACUAAUUUCCACUGAACCUAAAAUCACUGAAGCAACUUGUGGCCUCUCAGUUUUAUUGCUUUCCUGAAAAAAAUUCAUCUUGCACACAGCCUGUAACAAAAGUAUAAAAAUGUGAAAGAAGUUUAACAUUCUGACUUGAUAAAGCUUUAAUAAUGUACAGUGUUUUCUAAAUAUUUCCUGUUUUUCAGCACUUUAACAGAUGCCAUUCCAGGUUAAACUGGGUUUGUCUGUACUAAAUUAUAAACAGUUAACUUGAACCUUUUAUACAUUAUGCAUUGAUUCUAACAGAAACUGUAAUGCCCUCAACAGAACUCAUUUUACUAAUUCAGUACUGUGUCCUUUAAAAACACAGCAUUUACACUGAAUACAGUUUCAUUUGUAAAACUGUAAAUAAGAGCUUUUUGUACUAGCCCAAUAUUUAUUUACAUUGCUUUAUAAUAUAAAUCUACUGUUUUAGAACUGCAGUGGUUUACAAAAUGUUCUCAUAUGUGUUGCUCAUUUGUAUUUCAUCUUGCAUCAUCCUGAUUGAGUGAUCUUUCUGUUGAUUCCAGAGGCUAUGUUGAGUUGUUAGUAGAAAUUUAGUUGGGAAAGAUUUAUUGAUCAGGUUUAAUUUGCUGAUGGAAGCAUUUCUUUCUCAUUAGAAAUCUUUCUCACUUGACUAACUACUCUGGGGAUUUAAUUUGUGAUACCUUUGUAUGUAGAAGACACACAUUCCAAAGAGUUCUAACUAUGAUAGGUCCUGAUUGCUAAGGAAGCUUCUUUGCUUGCCUCAAACUCUAGGUUUCACUUGGGAAAAAUUUCCAUUGUCAUUCUGUAAAACUAGAGCAAGCGCUCCUAUUUUUUAGAGGCCAAAUCCCACUUUUGAACAGUUCCAUUGUUCCUUUCAUGGAAUGUAAAUAAGGAGUAAAUUUAAUUUCAGAGUUGAGAAGAGUAAUCCUGGAUAAUUUCCCAAUCAGUUCUAAUUACCCUCAAUUUAAAAGGGGGAGAGUAACAAAUAGGAGUGGGUAGUUUUUAAUCAUAAGUAUUUUUUUCCUUGAUUUUGUUGUUAUAUUUAUAGCCAAACUAUACAUCAUGGGUGAACUCAACCCAGAACCAUAAGUGUAGGUUUCUCAGUCCUCUCUUGGCCUCCUAAAUGGGCUAGUGCGGGGAAAUAGGAAUUUUUUCCUCAUGGGUUGCUUUUGUGACAUUCUACCCAAUUGCAGAUAUACUGUCGGUUUUGUAUCACAGAUUAACCAGGCUUGCAUCCAGUAUGGCAGCUGUGGAGGGAUUUGCUGUCCCAUAAAAUGCCAUUUCUAGCUAUUUUCUAAUGUAAAAUCUUUUCCAUGAAGCAUACUCAAGCAUCUUGGUACAGAGACAUGUAUUACUGUCUGGCAGUCUAUUUUACUUGUUGAUAGGAACCCCUCAGAAGUCAAGGAAAGGUUUUUUGCCCACUUAGUUCUUUGUAAAUGAGGACCUUACUUUUCCCUCUCUGUACCAAUUCACCUUUUUUUACAUUUUACCUAGUGUCUAAGUCUCUAAAUAAAACUUACCCUUUACAGUAACUUGUAUAUACAGUGCUAUAAAGUCAUGUUUCUUGUCCUGAAAAAGUUAAUCAACGUAAAUGCAUUUUUUGGAGUUGUUUCUAUGAUGUAAAUUAUGAUCACUAUUUAGGAGGUGAAAUCCUGACCUUGAAGUGCUUUUAUACAGCUCUCUAAUAAUUGCAGAGAUGAUCCUGAAUUCAUUUCUUGGAACACAAAGGGAAUAUGCCAAUUUUAUAUAAAUUUUUCAGGUUCUCUAAGCUUCUAGGGUCUAUCAUUAGAAGAUAAUGAUAUGAAUUUAUAAGGUUUAAAUUUACAGACCUUAUCUCUCAACACUUAGCCCAUGUUACUCACCCUAUGAGUGAAUCUGGAAUUGCUGUGUAAAGUCAUUGUGGUCUAGUUCACAAUGUUAGGAACUGUGUUAUUUCAUCUAAUCCAUUGCUUAAUGAUUGUGUUGUUUUUCCAUGAAUGAUUAUGUUGUGGUUAAUACAUUAGCAUGACAGUAUUUUCAGGUAGCUUUUUGUUUAUUGGAAGCUUGGGGUUUGGGGGGGAUUUUUUAGUGUUUUGCAUGAAAUAUCUUAGUUUAUACUGAUAGCAUUGCUUUUUCUUUUGUCUUGUGAUUUUUUUUUGAUAAGAAGUUUAAUUUUUGUGUGAGUAGUACUUUUAUAUCCAUCUUGAGUGUCUUGUACUGUACCACAUUCCAUACCCUCAUUUAAUUCUUAAUAAACUGUUCACUUGUU